AUGUUGGAGUCUCCUUUACCCGCAUUACUCGUCGUUUUCGCUCUGUUUGGGCUCACAACCAUUGUUCACGAGCAGCCUGUCGUGUCUGCCCAUGAAUUCCGCGAAGAUCUCGUGCCAUGGAACCUGAACACAAACAAGGAUGCAGGAAAGAAUGUUCUGCAGUAUAGCACCAGCAGGCCAGAGGGAAACCACACGCCAUCGCCUCGCAACUGGCGCGAGCUCCCAGUCUACACGAUUCUCCUCGACAAGUUUGCGGAUGGUGACCCUGUAAACAACGACUUUUUCAGCACCAUGUUCGAGCACGACCAGAAUGAGAUCAACCUUCGUUUCGGUGGCGACAUUCGUGGCCUCCUCAACCACCUAGACUAUAUCCAAGGAAUGGGUAUACGCGUGAUAUACAUCGCAGGAACGCCCUUUCUUAACAUGCCGUGGCAGGCUGACAGCUACUCUGCUCUCGAUUUUUCGAUUCUUGACCCUCACUGGGGUAUAAUCGAUGAAUGGAGAGCGUUCAUCGACGAGCUCCAUAAUCGUGGAAUGUACUUUAUGGCAGACUUCACCGUGGGCACCAUGGGUGACUUUAUCGGCUUCAAAGGACACCUCAAUACGUCUACGCCCUUCAGCUUGGCAGAGUACGACGCCGUUUGGAAGAGACCAGCAUAUGCUCCAUGGGGGAUGGAGGAGUAUCCCGACUUCAAGUUCAGCAACGAGCGAAACCAAUCGUGCCAACUGCCUACAUUCUGGACGGAUGAAGGCAUCAUUGUCGAUGUACCGUACGACGGGUGCUAUGGAUCCGAGUUUGAUCAGUUUGGAGACAUGGAGGCGUUUGGUGUUCACCCGGAUUGGCAACGCCAGCUCUCCAAGUUUGCUUCCGUUCAGGACCGCCUUCGAGAAUGGCAAUCGCCCGUCAUGGCCAAGAUCAAGAAAUUCUCAUGUAUGGUCAUUGAAGCACUCGACAUUGAUGCCAUUCGAAUCGACAAGGCCACUCAAGUGACACUCGACGCACUCGCAGAAUGGACGACGGCGACGCAUGCCUGUGCGAAAAGGUUUGGCAAGAACAACUUCUUCAUUCCAGGUGAAGUCACUGGUGGCGAUAGAUUCGGCUCAAUCUACCUCGGCCGUGGUCGCACCGUCACUCAGCGACCCCCUGGGUUCAUUGCCGCAUCCCAAGUCACGCCUGACCAGAGCCAGUUCUUCCUCCGCGACAGGCAGCAUAUUGCACUCGACUCUGUCGCGUUCCACUACUCCAUUUAUCGCUCUCUGUGUCGUUUCCUUGGAAUGGACGGCAAUCUACAAGUGGCAUACGACGUGGACGUCAACUUUGUCACCGCAUGGAACCAGAUGUUUGUCAACAACGACUUUCUUAAUAAGGAGACGGGCGCGGUGGAUCCUCGCCACCUGUAUGGCAUCUCCAAUUUUGACGUCUUCCGGUGGCCCGCGCUCCAUAACGGCGUCGAGAAGAAUAUGCUGGGCCUCUUUGUUGCAACUCUCGUGAUGCCAGGUAUCCCUCUGUAUUACUAUGGAGAAGAGCAAGCAUUCUACGUUCUAGACAACGGCGCGGCCAACUACAUCUUUGGACGUCAGCCGAUGGCAUCCUCAAAGGCCUGGGAAAGACAUGGAUGCUAUGUACUUGGAUCCCAGCAGUAUUUUGACUUUCCUCUCGACAAGGCCCUUCGAGGUUGCCACGACGCUUGGAAUGGACUCGACCAUUUCGAUCCUACUGCCCCUCCACGACGGCUAAUCUCGAGGUUCAAUCAUCUACGCACAAUUUAUCCAUCUCUCCAGGACGGUUUCAACCUCGUGCAGUGGGGAAACAAGACUCAUUUCAUCGAACUCCCUGGAUCCAACCAUACUCUGACAGAGCUCGGUCUUUGGUAUGUCAGUCGCUCAGCAUUGCCGUCCGUACAAAAUUUUACUGGACCAUACGCCGACCAAGUCUACUUGUUAUACACCAACGAGAACCAAACUCGCGACUACACAUUUGACUGCAAGAGCGACGGAUGGAUCACGUCCCCUUACGUAUCUGGCACCACAGUGCGCAACCUUUUCGCGCCUUUCGAGACAUACACACUCCAAGAUUCUCAGUCGUCGUACUUCAACGAUAGCAAUCCUCCAUAUCGAGGGUGCUUGCCAGCGAUCACCAUGGACCCAUUCUCGUUUAAGGCACUCGUCCCACAAGACAUGUGGGUGCCCCCUCGUCCUAUGCUCACCCUUUUCGAGCCAGGACACGAUGUACGUAUCCUGAGUCGUGGUGCAAGCAACGACACGACAGUCAAAAUCGCACUCGAAUUCAAUGUCGAGAUGUCUUGCAAUGGAGUAUCCGCUGCCGUCUCUGUGGCGGCCUCUUCAUCUGGAAGUGACCUCAGGCCACGGGUACAAGAUGGCUCAGUCGACUGUCACAUAGUUGGUGGCCAAAACACCACUUACCUCGCUGGAGACGUGUCCUCGACUUGGCGUUGGUCGGCUACACUUAUUGAUGUCCCAGAUGGAAUCAUCGAGAUUGUCGUUACGCGUCCCCCCAACAACGAGGGCUCUGACACGACACAGGCGAUUGAUCAUCUUAUUUUCCGUAAAGGCUCGGCAGAAAAUGUAAUAGUGUUUCCAGAUCAUGACUACGCUCCCACCGGGGACGUGUUCAAGAUUGAAGGAGGGGAGUAUGUCUUUACACAUCGAGCAAAGGGAGCGGAGAAGUUCCGCUACUCCUGGAACUUUGGAAAAAAUCAUACUGUUUGGAUGGACUAUGAGGAUGUUACGCAUAUUCCCAAAACCGUCUUCGAGGACUGCCCAGAUUGCUUUUGGGAAGGAGAUCACAUCAUCGUUCAAUACUGGGCUAGCCUUGCAGCUUCGACGGCUCAUAUCGUCCAUGCCGAUCAUGGCUAUGAUCUCCCGCGUCGAGUACCCCAAUUCAUCAUUCGGGGCCCUUACAAUACCUGGGGCUACGAUAAAGGAGUGCCUUCCAAAAUGGAGCACAAGAAGGACGGGAUAUGGGAGCUCGAGAUCAUGGCACAGUGGCCCAGCAUUGUUCAAGCAAACGUCUUUUCAUUUGAUAACUACUUUUACGGAGACACAGACGGGGAUGGCGUGAUGGAACGAUUGCCGCCCAACACCGUCGCACCAAAUUAUCUCAACAUGUCGAUACCUCCAGCUCCGCACCUCGCAUGGGCAUUGCGGAUCAAUGACAGGACUGGUCGAUGGGAGAUAGAGCCUCGCGGCCAUGCCGUCGUUGGAGCCGUCAUGUUUGUCUUGCUCCUUAUUAUUCCCCUCAUCACGGCGAUCGCAUCAGUGGCUGCGUUUAGAUGGGCUUUCUAUGGCAUCAAGCACAACAAAUGGGGGAUGAAGCCAAAGGAGCACCACCCGUACCUGCCUAUCCUGGGUCGAGACGGCUUUCCAAGUACAGCCAAUCUUCAAGAAAAGUUCAAGGGUUGGAUCAAACCCUCGCACGCGUCAGACAUAAUUGGCUGGCCAGAAAACCCACAAAAGAGGCGUAAAGUCUUGAUCGCUACAUUGGAAUACGAGAUCAUCGACUGGAAGCUCAAGGUCAAGAUUGGAGGACUAGGCGUAAUGUCGAGUUUGAUGGGCAAAGCUAUGAACGAUGUGGACCUGGUAUGGGUGGUUCCAAAGGUCAAGGACCUGGAGUACCCAGCCGGAGAUCCAGCGGAGCCAAUCGAGGUCGUCAUCUUUGGCGAGACCUAUCUUAUCGAGGUGGAAACACAUACCUUGGAUAACAUUACCUACGUGAUUCUAGAGAGUCCAGUUUUUCGAGCGCAGACCAAGGCGGACCCGUACCCUGCACGCAUGGACGACUUGAGCUCGGCAAUCUUUUAUUCGACAUGGAACCAAGCAAUUGCGGAGACAAUUAGGAGAUUCCCGCUGAUCGAUAUAUAUCACAUUAACGAUUACCAUGGCGCACUUGCUCCCAUUUAUCUCCUCCCCAAAAUCAUCCCCGUUUGCCUUUCCUUACACAAUGCCGAGUUUCAAGGCCUGUGGCCUCUGCGAACCAAGGAGGAGAUGAAGGAAGUGUGUUCAGCUUUCAACAUUCCAAAGGAACAUUGCACAAAAUAUGUCCAGUUUGGCAACACUUUCAACCUCCUGCACGCCGCCGCCUCGUUCAUCAGCGUUCAUCAGAAGAGCAUUGGUGUGGCGGGGGUUUCCGACAAGUAUGGAAAGCGCAGUUGGGCACGAUAUCCUGCGCUGUGGACGCUGAAGCACGUCGAUUCCCUGCCAAAUCCCGACCCGAGCGAUAUCGCUGCCCUAGAAGAAACGCCCAUAGCGUUGGCUGAUAUCAAGGUUGAUGAGAAAGCCGAAGCCGCUCGACCUGAGCUCAAAAGACAGGCACAGGAAUGGGCGAAGAUUAAACAGGAUCCAGACGCUGAUCUAUUUGUGUUCGUCGGACGAUGGUCUAAACAGAAGGGUGUGGACCUGAUCGCGGAUGUCAUGCCAUCCAUAUUGGAAAAGAAGCCAUCUGUCCAGCUCAUCGCCGUCGGUCCGGUGAUCGACUUAUACGGUCGUUUUGCUGCAGAAAAACUGGCUCGGCUGAUGGAGAUGUAUCCUGAGAGGGUCUAUUCGAAGCCAGAGUUUACCGCACUACCGCCUUAUCUUUUCAGUGGGGCCGAUUUUGCGUUGAUUCCUUCUCGGGACGAGCCCUUUGGUCUCGUAGCCGUAGAGUUUGGGAGGAAGGGUGCUCUCGGAGUUGGGAGUCGAUUGGGUGGUCUUGGUCUAAUGCCUGGAUGGUGGUUCUCGGUCGAAUCGAGUUCCACGACACAUAUGCUAUCGCAGCUGACGAAGACAAUCAAGCUGGCACUGGCCUCUAGUCAGGAAGAACGUGCCAUCCUGCGUGCACGGUCAGCUGUACAGCGUUUCCCGGUCGUAGAAUGGCGACAAAAGAUGGAGGAUUUCCACAGCCGGAGCAUUAUCGAGAGUAGGAACCUGGCUGGUGCGAAUGCCUGGCGCGAAUCGGACUGUCAAGAGCCACUGCCUAAGCCAGAAUUAGAGCCAGAAGACUGGACUCCUGAGCAUCAAGACGAUCCUUCACGACCGGACUGGGCUUCGAGCACCAUUGGAAGUGCGCGUGGUUCGACAGGAGGUCAUGAAAGCCUCGACCCUCCUUCGAUUGGCUCCAUUCGACAUGUUCACUCUCAAAGCAGUGAAAGGUCCCCGCUGGCGUCGACACAAUGCCUGGUUCCUCGUAGAUUCGAUAGUGGUUCGGCCAGCACGGAUCACUCUGACAGCGAAGAUAGCAUCAGCCGCUCCAGGUCCCUUGACAAUAGUGGAGUUGUUACGCCUCCUGAAGCACAAAUUGUUGGGCCUUACAGCGACUUCCUUGCCCGUGCCAACAAGCAAAUCGCGCGAGAGCAGAAGCACCUUGGUGAUCCGUUUCUAGAGAACACGAAUGCGCUUCACAAGCCAUUUGCUGGUCGUCAUUCUCGGCUUUCUUCCGUCGAGUCCAUCUCCAGUAUUAUGGAGGAGAAGAGCGACUCGCCUCUCAACCAGGCGAUUGCAUCGUUUACCGAUCAAGAUGGAGAAGUAGCUCAGGCAUUCGUUGCAAAGCUUCAGGCCUUGUCGGCGGAAAACUCUAAAGGUGAACUCUCUAUAGAGAGAUUCCUCGUAAAGAGUGAGGAAGACUUCUUCAACAAGGUCAAGAAAGACAAGAUGUCCAGUGCCGCCAGUAUUCUCUCUUCAAGGCGAGAGUCUUUGUGGGGAGGCGUCACAUCGCUGCACUAUGACUCUCGCCCAGCCUCGCCACUUGAACACGAGUUCGAUAGGGCAAACUAUACUGGACCGCUUCCGAACUCUUUGGGACCACCGAUGAUGACAGCUAUGCAGCUCCGAAUGGCGAGAGAGAUCAAGGGAUGGCCAGUCUAUGCUAUCAUUUUAGCGCUUGGGCAAAUGCUUGGGGCGACCAGCUUUCAAAUCACGCUACUCUCUGGUCAGAACUAUCAAGGCGAUAUGCAACUAUACGUCCUCGGAUGCGUCUUCUUUGUCGCUUCUCUCGUGUGGUACACUCUCUUUCGGCUCAAGCCAUCCGUUUGGGUUCUCUCCUACCCAUGGAUCUUCUACGGCAUGGCGUUUUUCCUCGUCGGAGUCCCGUCCAUAACCGACUCGUUCUCUAUGCUGACACAUGAUAUGAUCACGAGCAUCGCUACUUGGUGCUAUGCUGUCGCGUCGGCUGCGGCAUUCCUGUUCUUUGGGCUAAACUUUGGGGAGGAGGCUGGUGCUGCUACGGAGAUUUGGACCAUGCGAGCGUGUAUUGUACAAGGCUCUCAACAAAUCUGGGUCACAGCGCUCUGGUAUUGGGGUCACAAGCUGAACGGCGCGAUGCCUGGCUCAAAGGCUCCGUGGUGGGUUGUGAUACUCUUGUGGCCACUGUCGAUUAUGUGCUUUGCGUUCAUGUGGUGCAUUCGUGAUGGACUUCCAGACUAUUAUCGUCAAACGCCACCCAAAGUCCCAAACUUUAUGAAGACACUAUUUAGGCGUAAGCUGGUCCUGUGGUUUCUGGCAUCGGAGAUUUUGCGAGACUAUUGGCUCAGUGGACCAUACGGGCGAAACUGGUCAUUCCUUUGGAGUGCAUUCGUGCCAACUUGGGCGAUUCUUCUCCUAGUUAUCACAUUCUUUGUCGGCGUAUGGUGGCUUAUGAUGGUCAUUCUUACACGGCUAACCAAGACUCACACCUGGUUUUUACCGGUCUUUGCGGUCGGCCUAGGAGCUCCCCGCUGGUGCCAAAUGCUCUGGGGAACGUCGUCGCUUGCGCUGUAUAUUCCAUGGGCAGGCAAGGCUGGACCGUAUUUGGGGACAUCACUAUGGUUAUGGUUGGGGGUGUUGGACGCGAUCCAAGGAGUCGGAUUGGGGAUGAUUCUUUUGCAGACCCUGUCUCGACUACACGUGUGUGCAACGUUGGCGCUCGCACAAUUGUUGGGCUGCGUGUGCGUGAUGGUGGCUCGCGCGACGGCGCCAAACCGAAUCGGACCUGGUUCCGUGUUCCCUGACGCGUCCAAGUGGGAUUUCUCAAAGGGGCUGGAGGGAAGUCCGAUGGCAUCUGGACCAUUUUGGAUCGCCAUGUUGUGCCAGAUCAUCAUCGUGGUGGGCUACUUCUGGUUCUAUCGCAAGGAACAGUUGUCGCGCCCAUAA